GCAUGCUAGUGGUCUGCCUCAGCUGUGUGUGUGUGCGCGUUCAUACAUGAUAUCCAAACUUGUCCGACCAGCUUCCGUUUUUUGAUGAGUCCGUCCCCUGCAGCGCCACCUGUCUGCCGAUGCUGUUGUUUGUUAAAUCGUCGCCGUGGAGGGGUUGCGGAGGAAGGAGCUGAGACCAGCGGAGAUUUUAAAUGCGCCGGAGCCCGUAUCGCACAGGCGGAGAGCUGGAGGCUUGUGUUGGGAUCGACAGAUGACAACAAACACACUGAAGCAUCGCUAAGCGCUCGAAGAUGGGACAGACACAGUUGUUGUUGGAAGCGCUCCAUAUCGCCAUGAACACGGCUUCAUUUGUUUUCGAUUACCUGCAGCCUGCAGCUCGGACCGCUUAAACUUCAGCUUGGCUGAAAGCAGCUGAUCUGCUCACCACUCACAGUCCUGUUAUUUCCAUCUGGAGCUGAUGAUAUGAGAGGCUGCUGGAGGCGGUGAUGGAGCUCCAGGAGUUGAGCUGGCUGUGCCUGGUGGGUCUCUUCCUCGCCUCUUUGGUCAUCGUGCUGGGAUGGUUGUUCCAGUACUCGCUGACUGUGUUGCGGUUGUGGAGAGCCAGGAAGGCAGCAAAGCGACACAGCCGAGACCCAGCCUGGAGGCAGCACCCAAAUAAGAGCUUGGCCGGAGCUUUGUGGGGCUUCCUGCUGAAGCUCCGCUCCGGCCGGGAUGGACGACCCACAUCUGAGGCCGGGGUUAAAGGCUUGUUGACCUCUCUGUUCUCCUUCAAGUCCUUCAGGGAGCUGUUUCAGAGGACCUGGGUCAAGGCUCUGAACGAGCAAGCUUGCAGGCAUGGGAGCUCCAUUCAGAUCACUUUUGACAGCAGCCUCCAGAUAAGUGCUGCCUCUGCAAUAGAAAGCGUGAGCUGCACUGACCAGUCAGCAAACCGAAUGAUUUUGCACUGUAAUUGUUCAGUAGACAGGGUCACGUUACCCGUGACGGUCACCCAGCAGUCGCCAGUUGCCAUUUCCAUGGACACCUAUCAGAUCACUAUAGCACCUGUGGUGGCAAAGGUUGUGGCGUGCUUGGAGGAGGUGGAGGAUGAGGGGCUGCUGAUAUCCUGGAGUCUUUCCAAGCAGCCGUCGUUUUCUCUGACCGUGUCUCCAUGCAAGCUGCAGAGACGGUGCACUGAAGGUGAAGCAGACAUAGACACAAUUAAGGGUCUGAUAGAAGAUACUCUGUUCAGCACUCAGCCAGCCAUGGUCCUCAAUCUCAGGACGUCCAGUCCUUUGGCCCCCAUGGACAGUCUCUCAGUGGGAUUGAACUCUGUAUCCCAGAGUGUCUUGGUGAGACGACUACUCCUCCGGCAGCUCAGGGCGACCUUAAGUAAAGGUCAGUGGUCUAAAUCAGGGGAGCUGUGCUGUGUCGUGAGCCUGGACCAACCGUCUACAGAGAGAACAACCCGCUUCCUGCCUGUGCCCAGCAGUGCCAAUGCUGCACUGGAAUGGAGUGAAGAUAUUACUCUGGAGCUGGGCCCAGAAACCAAAGAGCUGAGAGUGAGACUUCUGGAGCGGAGUGGCAAACGGGAACAAUUCCUGCCGGGUCACGCCUCCAUUGCUUUGGACAUCCAGGGUAAAGUUCCCACUGGGCAGCACGUAUUGUCCAUGAGGUCCGGCCAAGACUCAACGCCAAACGCUGUCAUCACCGCUGAGCUGUUGUACCAAGAAACAGAGGAGCCUAGCAGUGCCCACAAAGCUCUGCUACUUCGCUCCUCUCUCACCCCCACCAAGAAAGUUGACGUGGACCGAACCAUCAUGCCAGACGGAACCAUCGUCACCACCGUCACGACGGUCCAGUCCCGACUUAAACUCGAUCGCAGUCCAGGUGACUCCCCGUUGCGUUCUCCGUCUAAAGUGGAGGUGAAUGAGAAGAAACCCACCGUCCUGCCUGAUAGCAGAAGCAGCAGCAGCCCCAACGCGAGCAAGAGCAGCCGCCUCUCUAAUGGCCUGGAUCCUGUUGCAGAAACCGCCAUACGGCAGCUGACAGAGUCUGCGUCCAGAGCAGCACGGAAGACACCGACGAAAAGGAGCACGCUAAUCAUCUCGGGCGUGUCAAAGGUUCCACUCUCUGAAGAUAACUGUGCAUUAUCAAGUGGCUACGCUGCAGCCAUGGACGCAGCCAUGCACGGCAACCAUUACGGGUCAGGGCGUCACCAUGACCCAGAUGAAACCACGCCCUCUGACGUAUCAGAGCGUCCUUCUGUGGACGAUGUGGAAUCAGAUACUGGCUCCACUGGUGCCUUGGAAACCCGCAGUCUCAAGGACCAUAAAGUGGGCUUUUUGCAGAGCGGGACGAAGCUGCUUUUCCGCAGAAGACAUCGAGAGAAAGAGUCCUGCCUCAGCCAGUCCCACGAAGACAUCUCCAACUUGGGCAAUAACUUCACCGCCGCACCAAACAUCAGCCGUAAAAAGUCUGGCAGCUUCUCCCGGCGCCUCAUCAAACGUUUCUCCUUCCGCUCUUCUGGCAAAUCAAAAGGCAAGGCCGCCAACGGAGGAGCAAGCGCACUGGAUAACUAAUUCUCGAGGCCAGCAGACAUGGACACGAGUCAUCCUGAGAGCGUUCUCUGUUAUCACUACACGUCAGCACGGUCUUUGACAGGCUGAGCGCCCCAGGUGGGUUGUCAACUGCACAGCUUUAAAGGAGGAUCCCUCUGGAUAGAAAUUAUUGCACUUUCAGGACAGAAGUCUCAUUUAAUCACAUCGCUGACUCUGAAUUGUUGUUAAAUUUGAGGAGAAAUCUGCUGCUCGGUGGAGGAGACGGGAAUAGCUACAAAGAAAUGUUCCACGCUUCUGGGAUUGUUGGACUGGCACUGGUGGUGAAAACGCUCCAAAACAUUUUGAUGAUGUAAAAUGCCACUAUGCUCUUGGUUGCACUUUUGACUUUUUAUUUUUUUUAACAGCAGAUGUAAAAAUGUGCUGGUUGUUAAAGUGUAAUUUAUUAAUAUGUUGGACUCAUUAAACAAGUGCUAUUUAUUUGAACCCCCUACAACUAAUCAUCAUAGCUGCAUUACACUAUAAUAUAGAGACAUUAAGGUGUGUUUUCCAUACAAAUGUAAUUUUCAACACAUAGUUUAAGUAAGUUUAAAAAAAAUGUCUUGAUCUAGCUAUAAUGUCCAUCCAUGAUUGCUUCGACAUUGGUUUUAGAAUAAUGUUAAAUGUUGUAUCUUAUAUAAAAACCUGAAAAGAUCAUAUUGUACUUUUACUUUGACAAAGGUGCUUUCUCUGGAGUAUCAUAUCUUCACUUUGCUUUUGAAAAUCUAACCAGCCACCUUAUUUAUCAAGCCAGAAGGUGAUUUUUUGACUUUUGAAAGUCUCGCAGUCUUCUGUCGGGGGAAAACAGCAACGCGAUCAGGCGUGCUCGCCUCUUCUCGUGCUUCUACAGAAUUCAUUGUUGUAACAGCUGUCAUUACUGUGCAGGACAUGUUGUGUUAAAUGCCUCAAAAGGGUUGCGGGUGAAAUCGUUUGCAGAGAAUGCUGCCAUCUGAUUAGUUCCUAAUAAUGAACUAAUAUAGCAAAGCAUUUCCUGUGUGAACAUUUGGGAUUGUUAUGAUAAUGUAAUAUUUUUUAGAUAUAUGUACGUCACGCUAAAAUAUUUCUGCAGUUUAUAUUUAAAAAAGGAGAUUGGUGUGUCUCAGUGUUCACUAAUGCUGCGCUCAGGCAAAGCAAGAGGACUCGGUGUGGGUUAGAGUUGAAAUACGGUACUCAGGGUUUUAAUGAAAUCUACUAGCAGCCACAGGUUUUAAGAAAGCAUUUGCAUACUUUGAAGGCAAAUAGAUCCAGUAUGUGAAGUUGUACAUAGGAUUUAGGGCCAAUUGAGUCUUGUCUGAAAACAUGAAAAUAAUCUUUUAACUGACUGCAUUAACUAUGAGAAUUCAGAAAAACCAAACUUAAUAAAUGGUUGUUUUUUGAAAUUAUAAUUUUUUUUAAUAAAAGGAUUUCGAAAUGCUGAAGAAGAGAACAAAGCCUCUUCACCGUCUAAAGGCACAAAAAGCAAACGUUAUGAAUAAAGAUUUGUGGCUGUAUUGUGAAACAAAAAGUGGCUGCAAAAUUGAUGACUUCUGUUAUAUUUUAAAUAUUUAAUUUAUUGCAAAUAAAUUAUUUUUUAA